AUGGUAAUGAGGGAAGAUGAGUUGGGCAGAAUUAAAGAAUGUGCGCUCGCGUUCAGUCUCUGGGCAAUGCGACGCAAUGUUCGCACUGCUGUAAUAUAUCUGCCCGGACGAGUAGGACAGCGCCUCAUUAGUUCACGCAUACUUCCAAUAGAACUACGCGAAACCAUAAGCCCGGAAUUGACCAAGGAUUUGGCUGGUCUUCACAAUGCAGUCAAAGCGGCUAUUGGCAAGAGCAACGCAGACGAGCUUUGUUAUAACUUGGCAUCUUCACGAAGAGUCUUCUUCACGCUGCCAAGAACAGCAUGGCAGCAUAUCCGCGAGACUUACCUGCAUCUUACGGGGCAGGAAGUGGAGCAGAUUGCCGGACUACUCGCGGGACGAUGUAAGAAGGACGAUGCUGAAACUCUUGGACAACUUCUUCGAGACUUGAAGGCGAUGUAUGGAGUCGAUGCAACGUCCGAAUUGCUUCUCACUUCGUUGGAUGCUCUCAUACGAUCCGGACAACAUUUAAAUGCAUAUGAGCUUCUACAGCUGUUUCAUAGCUACAAGAGGAAAUUGUUUCGUCCGAACGCUCAACAUUGGCAAACCGUGAUGCAGGGGCUUGCUCUGAUCGGAGAUGUGGAGAGAUUAAAACAGUGCCUAAGUAUUAUGAAGGGCUCAUGGCCUUUCCCUGGAAACUCGCAUUACCAGGCACUCUUCGAGGGACUCUAUCGGACGGGGGAUGCGCCUCUAGCAAGCGAACUUACGCAAGUUCUGGACGAGAUGCAAAAAUUCUGCCUUCCUUAUGACGAUGGUGUUCAUAGCAUUUUGCUCAAACUCGCGGAGAGGCAUCGACUCUACUCUCUACCGACAGAUUAUAGAACUAAGUGCGUUGCUCAAUGUAGGCCUACCGAGGAGGACAUUGAAAGCUGGUUAAUGCAACUCGUCGUAUAUCGCAAACGAGCCAAGCUGUCUUUCGAAACGAAACUCAAUCAUUUUCGGCACAAGGGUUUCGUCCCUGAUGAAAGCUCCCUAUUGAAGCUCGUGCAGAUGAUGUCCCUCUGCUCUCCUGAAGAGCUCACCUAUCUUCAAGAAACGAUGGAAGUCGCUCCGAAAAGUAUCGUUUGGACGACGUGCAUUCAGAACGCUCUUGACAAGACUGGUUGGCGUAGCGCACUUGCAGCUUACAAUACGGCAAAAUCCCAUGGCGUAAGACCGGAUGCAGCGAUGGUCCACCCAUUACUACGCGAGAUGUGCAAUAACCGAUUCAAGGAACCUCCAGAAGCCGUGCUUGACCAGGCGCUGGAACUGUACAAUGACCUCAAAGGCAAUGCGAAGUCAAACUGGAAGCUCGGACCCGACACAGGCAUCUUCAAUACGCUGCUUCGUGCGCUCGCCGCAAGCAGUAAUAAACAGAAGUACUUCUCUGUUGCUUUACGUCUGCUAGAGGACAUGCGUUCACAAAAUGUAUACAUGGACCGGAUGACUGCAACAUCUAUCGGUGUCCUCUUAGUCCACUCGUCAUCGACUUACGAGGAAGCUGGAGAAGCGUAUAAGCAUAUCAGAAGCAUCAACGCCGAUGGUCUAGAUGAGAAAGGGUUCGCAGCCGUUUUACAUGCCUUCUGCACUUUCGAACCUGGACACGCCUCCACAGAUGCACCCGAGAAUUCCGCUGUGGAAGCCGUAUUUAAAAGCAAAAAAUCCGGUCAUACAAUCCUCAUCCCACCAACGAAGCUCUACUUCGAAAUCGUCCAAGAUAUGCAAACACUAGGGCUUCGAAAAACCCCUCAAAUAUAUACCAUCCUCCUCUCGCGGUAUGCUAUCCUCGCCACGCGUGCUCGAAACAUUCAGGACCCAGUACAUCGGGGAAAUAUCGUCCAACACCUACGUGACGUCGUUAAGGACACACACCACCAAAUUUCCCGUGACGCAGGGCUUCAACCUGACGCUCCUCUCUUUAAUCAACUCAUGGACGCGUAUAACAGGGUUGGCCUGUUUAGAGACGCGAUGCAAAUCUGGACGCUACUCAACUCGACAGGACUCGUGACGCCAGCGAGCGUGAGCAUAAUAUUUGAUACGUGCGGAUAUCACAAGGAGUCUCGGCCGGCCCAUGAGAUAUUCCAUGAUCUGAAGGAACGAGGGUAUCAGUUAAAUCGCCGAAAUUGGAAUUCCUGGGUGGAAUGUCUGUGCCGUUUAGGUCGACUCAAUGACGCAGUCAAAGUCGUUUGUUCAGACAUGGCCCGCGGAAAAGUAAGCACAAUCCAACCAGACAUCGAAACACUUAAAAUCCUCCUGUCCUUCGCCUCAGCUUACGGAAGGUCAGACGAGAUACGGACAUAUCUUAGAACCCAUAUACCAGAUAUUUGGAAUUCUUUGCACAUGGAUAGAGUAGAAACGCGCUAUGUACCGUAAGCAUAAUAAUGCAUAAAAGCAAAAUCAUU